AUGUAUGAAUUAACUCAGCUGCGUAAGGGAGUAAUAUUUUCGAUAAAUGGAGUACAAACAAAAUUAUCGGAAUUAUCGGAUGAUUUGUUUUUAAUGCUUGGAGAUUUGUUAUCUAUUCAUACAUUACACGGUUUCAAAUGCGGGUUCUCUAAAACAAACAGACCAUAUUAUUUAUUAAUGACCGAACGCAAAGAUAUGUAUAAUACGUUCAAAGCGGUGGAUCUUGUACAUCGAGAGGCGGACAUGUAUGAACAGCAAUGUGAAGAAAUUCGUUCGGCGACUACAAAAACCGCAAAAGUAAAAUUCCAAAAACUGUACGGUAUAAAUGAAAAGUCAUUGUUUAGUCUUCUACCAAAUUUUGAUAUUUUUCAUCAGACGUUCAUUGAUUUUAUGCAUUUACUACUCGAAGGCAUUUGCCGUCGAGAGCUACAUAUGCUCUUUAAAACGCUGGAUGAAAAAAGACUUGUGACACGUAAACAGCUAACAAAUACGAUCAAAAAUUUUCCCUUGGCUUCGUUUGAACUGAAAUAUGCUCCGUCUUCAACUUUCGAGAUUCAAAAAUUUGACGUUAACAAUCCUAUUCCACUCAAUGCUAUCCAAAUGCUUUAUCUGAUUAAAAAUCUUCCAUUUAUUAUUGGACUGAUAAACGACGCUGUAUGUGAUCUAGCUGAAUGGAAAGUAUUUCUUCUUUUACAUAGUAUUGUUAGCAUAUGUUUUGCGUCUGAAGCGGAUGCCGAAACAGUAGUGCAACUCAAAGAUGCAACAGAGCUGCACAAUGAACUAUAUGCGAAAACUUACGGUACAAAUUCACAAAUCCCUAAAUUUCUUCUUCUACUUCUUCUUUCACCAUAA